AGUGAAGUAUGCGUGAACGGACGUGAAACUGCAGGACAGUUUCGGAUGUGAAAAUUAUGUGUGAGGCCUUUUCGGCGAAGAAACGAGAGAGAGAGAGAUGUCUCAUGACUACUCUUAGGAGCCUAUUUUUGAAGACGGAAAGGAACUAGGGCGCUUGUGUGCGUAGCAAUCUGUCAGAUUCCCGGCUUUGUGUCGUUGAGGUGAGUAGACGAGUACAUGCGGCCGCUUCUUCUAGUCUCAGAAGACCCGCCAGUCAAAAUGGUGAAGUGCCUUCCUUUCGGUUUUCAGACGAUCUGGUAGUUUGUUGUGAUCACAUUCAUGGUUACACAACGGCGAGAUCACGUGUUGAUCACUUGCCAGGUCCGCUCAGGCAAACAUCUCUAACGAAUAUUUUCGUAAGCGCUGUUCAUCUGAUUCUGUAGCUGUCUGUGCGCCGUUGUUGUAACGCGCAACAUCCGUUUCUAUGCCCCCCCCCGAAAGACACACCUAUUACGGAUAUAUCGGAAUAUUUUUUGUUUCUGUUUUUGUUCUUUUCGUUCUGCAAUAUGUGAUGCUAAUAUCCACAUUCCUCUGAUAUCCAUUUCGUCGUAAGUCUUAUUAUAUCAUGUUUAUGCAUCUUGAUCUUCUUGAAUCCCGCCGAAAGUAAAAAUAUCAAAAUCAUAUCUCUCAUCAUCGUUAUCUCGUUAUCAUCAUCUGAAAAAAUGGAUGCCUCAUCAUCGUCAAUGUGGGCCCUGCAUGAGCACCUGACGACCGAAGCGCGUGGCGGAUACCCCCGCUUGCUCCUGUGGGGAAAUGCUUUUGCAGCUAUGUAUGCGUACCGGAAGAUGGUGCUUGGUACCCGAGAACCAGGACAAUUUGGAGAAGGAGCACUUGGAAUUACGUUGCGACAUUGUUUGGCCUUGACAGUGGCGACGCUGUUUUUCUCGCAUUGUGGUUCCAUCGUGACUGCGCUCAUGUUUUUCUCCGACGUAACUCCAGUGCCCUUUGCGAAUACGGAAGUCAUUCCUGCAAAUGUAGUGACUUUGGUGAUUAUAGUGUGUUACGGCGCCGUAGAACGGGAACAGCGACUCUGCGAAAGCGUGCCAGAGGGGAAGUCUCGGACAAAGAAUACGUGUAGAUAUAUAAACAAGGCACGCGGUAGAUCGAAGUCGCCGAGGAAAAUGAACAAAAGGGUGAGUGGCGUUGUAUCUAAGAAGACGUCUCAAUCCCCAUCUGGUGGGAAACGAGCAUCGGAAGAUGACACGCCAUCCACUACUCCCCAAUCUUUUUUGACGCGAGUAAUCUUGGCGCUGGAGUCGUUUUUCUUUGGAUAUGUAGCCCCAUGGCUAGCGGCGGUCGAUAGUGCGACUACAGCAAUGGCAUUCACAGAAAGCAAAUUCUAUCAGAUUAACGGAAAGCCCGAGUCCAGAAAUGGACCUGUCUUUCCAUCAAGCUCGUUCUCAUCGACAUUCUUAACCGCAAUGGGCAUCCCUGAAUCGGUAAGUACCCUUUUGCCAGGUGGGCUUUUGCUCAGUGGGGCUGCAGGAAUGGUGACACUGACAGUGACGGGCCCGAUUCAAGUGGUCGGGCUCAAGCACUGGGGAAGCCCUUUGGUAGACAUGCAGGUCACGCAGUUUUGGGCGCUCAUUCUAACAGUAAUUCAUAUUGCCGAGCUCUCUUAUCUCUAUGGAACAGCCCAAAAUACACAUCCGAUAUCAUUUAUGAUUUUGCCGUACCUGUGGGCUUUCUACGCGACAGUUCCCACGAGUUUACUGCGAUGA